AUGAAUGGAACCACUCACAUAAAUCAGCAUUCCCUUAUAUGUAUCAUUUUGUGUUUUAGGUUUCUUUUAAGCUUGGCGCUAUCUUUACAAGUAAUCCAAUUUGGAAAUGGCUGUGAGGGGCAGAACUGUGAUGAUAACCCAGACCAGAAAAAUCCAAACACUUCCUUAACCACCUUUAAUGAUAUAAAUAAUCUCAAUUCUGAGAGGAAAAGGAGGAACCCCUCUGAAGUCUUACCUUUCACUGGGCUUACAGAUGCCAGCAAACUGAACAGAAGCUGCUGUCAGAAUGGAGGGACCUGUUUCCUGGGGAGUUUUUGCAUAUGUCCAAAACACUUUACUGGCAGACACUGUGAACGUGAUAAACGGAUCAGUAGCUGUGGUGUCAUUGGCCAUGGAGAGUGGACCCAGGAAGGAUGUUUGUUUUGCCAAUGUAUUUAUGGGAUUCUGCACUGUUUCCCUCAAGACCAGGAAGAUGGUUGUGGUCCUACAAAGAAAAACAUGCCUGCUUGGAUUCAUCUUGGAAUGAGUUCUGAAGGACUAAAACUUCAACAGACAACAGACAUCCUUAUAGUUUCCUUACUGUUUCCUCUGCUUUGUCAGCUCCUCUAAUGAGUAACAAAGACAAGAAGCAAGAAAGGUAGUUACUUUAACAAUGAGAAAGUAACAUGAAUAUGAAGCCUUUUGUUUUAUCUUUAAUUGUAUAAUGGCAAGCAGCAGGAACUGAUUAUCUGCACUUGAUAUUAGUGUUUCAUGGAUGCCAACUGACUGCUUUAAUAGGUGGGUGGUUAGGAAAAGAACAGAAUUUUUAUUUUAUCCUACAACAAAUCCAUCUAUUCCUAUGCAUUAAAACAGGGGCUAUAAGUAUGUCUCUUCCCCCACCCAUCUUGAAGUGGCCCUAUUAAUUGCUUUCAAAUAUUGGCUUCUAUGACGUUUAAUAUUGAAAGAUCAAUUCUUCCAGUGGAAGAUGCUAUAUUUACACCUACU